UCUCAUCACAAGUUUGACAACUUUUUCACAUUGUAUUCAACGAUCGAUAAGUCACUGAAAAUCUGAUGUUUGUAUUCAUUUGACCACUCAUUUGGUGACACAAGACAUCGCCAGACAGCACAUCCGCACUCACUAUCACUCACUCACUGCCCCCACAAGACAUGAGACACUUGUCAUCCGCUGUGACACUCGUCGUGUCGAUGGUAUUGCAGAUGAUGUCGGCGUUGGACGCGUUAAGCGGUUCAGUAGUUUUGGAUUCAUUUACUUUCGAUAAGAUUGUCACCAAAUUUAAGACAUCUUUAGUGAAGUUUGAUAUCCAGUAUCCGUACGGCGAGAAACACGAAGAGUUCGAGAAAGUGUCACAAAUGGCCAAAAGCAUCGGUGAUAUAGUGAUGGCCGAAGUGGGCGUUCAAGAGUUCGGUGAAAAACAGAACAUGGAUUUGAUGAACAAGUAUGGCAUCACCAAAGAUGACUUCCCUGUCCUCAAGCUGUUCAUCGGCGGCGAUGUCGAGAAUCCAAUUCAUUUUGACGACGAAUUCAAAUCGGAUCCAAUCAUACGAUUCAUACGAAGACAUUCUGGUGUGAGAAUACCGCUGGAGAACUGUUUGCCAGAGUUUGAUGAUAUUUCGCAGCGUUUUAUGGGUCCCGAGACCAGUGAUCGGCAAAGACGUGAUCUGCUGAAUGAAUCUCAACAACGAUUGCAAGAGUUGACGAACAGUGAGCACAAGAAGUGGGCCGAUGUCUACAUCCAGUUCAUGACUAAAGUGAUCGAAAAGGGCGACCAAUUCAUCGACAGCGAGACGCAGAGACUCAACGGAAUCGUUAGCCAAAAGUUGGCCGAAAAUAAGCGCAAAGAAAUCAAAGGCAAACUCAAUAUAUUGCUCUCAUUUGCCACAAAUAGACCACAAAAUGAUCUCAAAUCUGAACUUUGAGUGAAUCAAUGAAUAAUAAAUUAUUUUUCUCGAGAUUUAAGUCUCGCUUUUAAUUCAAUUCAAAAACAAAGGGUCGUUGAGUUCAUUGAUAGCCAUUGUGUGAGC